UGAUGCCUGGGACCAGUCGCAAUUGGGUAGCUGUGGUUUAACUUGUCUUUUUUUGUUGCCAUAGUUACGAUUCGAUUAAAUUAAAUAUGGGGCGCUUUGUAAUUUUUCUAUUUUUUAUUGCAUCGAUAACUUUAGUUGCGUGUCAAGAGAAUCCGUAUAGUGAAAAAUUUGGAGAAAAUUACGUGUUAUCAUGGACCCUUGAUGAUACAAAAAUCUCGUUUACGGCAAAAGUAAGGGGGACUGGGUGGGUUGGGCUGGGGCUGAAUAAUGAGGACGGGUGGGAUGGGACAGAGGUUAUGAUUGGUGGAUAUGAUGGAAGAACAACUACACGGCCACCAAGCACGACGACAACGACGCCAACGACAACUACGACCACACCCAGCUCAACAACGCAAGACACGGACUCAUCAAGCACAACUGCGCCACCUACGACCACGACCACACCAACUACGACGACCACGCCCACCACAACGACGACCAGGCCCACCACAACAACGCCAACGACGACCACGCCCACCACAAUCACACCAACGACUACCGGUUCCACUAUUACAACUGACCCAUCCACGGAUUCAACUACUACUGGUCCGACAACCACAGAAGGAACUACUACCGAACAGACGACCACUGAAGCGACGACCACAGAUACUGAAACUACCACUACUGAAGCGACCACUACUGAAGCUACCACUACUGAAGCGAGCACUACUGAAGCUACCACUACUGAAGCGACCACUACUGAAGCUACCACUACUGAAGCGACCACUACUGAAGCUACCACUACUGAAGCUACCACUACUGAAGCGACCACUACUGACGCUACCACUACUGAAGCUACCACCACUGAAGCGACCACUACUGAAGCUACCACUACUGAAGCGACCACUACUGACGCUACCACUACUGAAGCUACCACUACUGAAGCGACCACUACUGACGCUACCACUACUGAAGCUACCACUACUGAAGCGACCACCACUGAAGCGACCACUACUGAAGCGACGACCACUGAAGCGACCACUACUGAAGCGACCACUACUGAAGCUACCACUACUGAAGCUACCACUACUGAAGCGACCACUACUGAAGCUACCACUACUGAAGCGACCACUACUGAAGCUACCACUACUGAAGCUACCACUACUGAAGCGACCACUACUGAAGCUACCACUACUGAAGUGACCACUACUGAAGCUACCACUACUGAAGCGACCACUACUGAAGCUACCACUACUGAAGCUACCACUACUGAAGCGACCACUACUGAAGCUACCACUACUGAAGCUACCACUACUGAAGCGACCACUACUGAAGCUACCACUACUGAAGCGACCACUACUGAAGCUACCACUACUGAAGCUACCACUACUGAAGCUACCACUACUGAAGUGACCACUACUGAAGCUACCACUACUGAAGCGACCACUACUGAAGCUACCACUACUGAAGCGACCACUACUGAAGCUACCACUACUGAAGUGACCACUACUGAAGCUACCACUACUGAAGCGACCACUACUGAAGCGACCACUACUGAGGCAACUACCACUGGAGAAACUAUUAAUGAUGACCCGAGGAUCCAACUCCUCCAAAAUCGGCAAGCAGUAUUUCCAAAGUACGAGAAAAAAGUUCUCGCUAGUGGAGAUACGAAUGGCCUUGGCGGUCCCUACACCGGCAACGCUUGGACCUUUAUUAACGCCACUGAAACGAUAGAAGAAGAAGUAACUUACACCUACGUGCAAUGGGAACGUCUCCUUGACUCAACUGAUGAUGACGAUAUCAAGAUUGAAGGACGCACUCACGUCUAUGUCGGAUACGGAACCACUGACGACUUACCGGAGGGAGCAUUUGCUAAUUUACAGUGGAAAUCCAUCAAUUUAAGGAAUCCUAUGAGUUCAGCAAUGGAAGUUAGAGCGGGAUGGAUGGGAGUGGUUUCUAUGUUGGUGGUUAUUUUAUUUGAGAGGAUAUAAUUUUUUAAUAAACAUGUCGAACAAAAAAUUAA